AUGUCAGCACAGAUAUAUUCUCGAUAUGUGCCACCGGCAAAGAAACAGAAGUUGGACUCAAAACCCCUCGUGGUAGCAUCAGAACCUGCGUUAGAAGUUUCGAAAGUUACUCCACCAACACCAGCAAUACAGCAUGAUGCUUCCGCUACCUACGCUCGAUAUGUCCCCGCUUCUAAACCGAAAUCCAAGUCUGUUGAAUUGCUGGGGAAAGACGAGAGCAUGGUUACUGCUGCGAUAACGGCGGAUAAUCGACCAAACAAACGAGAUGUUCCCCAGCUGGAUGAUUCUGUAGCGCAAUCCUCGCCCAAAAAAGCCAAGAAAGACAAGAGGGACAAGAAGGACAAAAGAUCGAAGGGAACCAAAAAGGAAAAAGAUGCAGAAAGCAAUGAUGAAACUGGAGAGCAAGACUUGCUGGAUGGUAAUGGUGAAGAGAAAAACGGAAACGAAGCAGAGCCUAUAAAAAAGAAGAAGCGGAAGGAAAAGUCCACAAAUAACGAUACGCCACUGGAUAAUAUGGAAGGGGUAGAACCAACUGGAGAAACCGAGGGAGAGGCAACACAUAAACGAUUAAUGGCGAAACGUGAAAAGUCUUUGAGGAAAGCAGAAAAAUUGGCAAAAAGAGAGGCAGAAAAAGACACAGCAGAAGUUCCACCAGAAGAGGAGGAGCAACUACACGAUUUAAUACCACUACCACAACCAGAGCCUGUUCCCCAAUUACCAAUACAGAGUCUUACGACUUCUCUGCCACCUUGGCUUGCUUCUCCCAUCCGUGUAUCUCCAGCGACGAGAUUGCCUUUUGCAGAUGUUGGAGUCCCAGCAGAGGCAAUCCCCAUACUUUCCUCGAAAGGCUUUCAUCAUGCAUUCGCUGUCCAAUCUGCUGUAUUGCCGAUUCUUCUCCCUGGGCCUGCUCAACGACCUGGAGAUAUUCUGGUAUCAGCUGCUACUGGGUCUGGUAAAACACUAGCAUACGUGCUUCCUAUGAUUGAGGAAAUUAGUAAAACCGUCACAACACGCCUUCGCUGUUUGGUUGUGGUUCCAACGAGAGAACUCGUACUCCAAGCUCGAGAUGUCGCAGAAAUAUGUGCUUCGGCAUUUACGAAUGGAAGCAGAAGAAGAGUGAAGAUUGCAACAGCUGUGGGAAGUGAAAGUUUAAAAUCCGAGCAGGCUUCGAUAAUGAAACAAGAGUUGAGAUAUGAUCCAGAAAAAUAUCGAGCAGAAGAGAAAAGAUUGAAUUCGAAGUGGGAAAGCUCCGAUGAAGACGGCGACGAAGAUGAAGAACAACUUUACGUUGAAGAGCGUGUCUCGACAUUGGAAGAUCACGUCAUCACUUCACAACCAAAGGUCGAUAUUCUUAUCUGUACACCGGGUAGGCUUGUUGAACAUCUCAAGUCUACUCCAGGCUUCUCGCUUGAAUAUGUGAAUUGGCUUGUUGUCGAUGAAGCGGAUAAACUUCUUGACCAGAGCUUUCAACAGUGGCUAGGCCUAGUCAUAGGGUCUUUGGAGAAAGAAAGGAGGGUGUUCCAGAAGCGACCAAAUCACGUCAGAAAGAUCAUUCUCAGUGCUACUAUGACUCGAGACAUAGGGCAAUUGAGUGGUCUGAAGCUUUACAGACCACAUAUGGUGGUACUGGAAAGCGCUACAGCAGAAGACACGGCUAUGACAGAUGUUUCACAUGGGCACGUUCUGCCAGAGCUGCUCUUGGAGUCUGGCAUCAAAGUUGAGGAUGAGAGCAUCAAGCCACUUUAUUUGAUGGAAGUUCUCCGGCGUGAAGGGCUUGUUCAAGGUAUUUUUAAGCAGGCCAACGAUGCGUCUGAUUCGUCCUCAGAUUCGUCUGAUUCGGAUUCUGAUUCCGACGAUACUUCGUCGUCAGAGUCCGAUACUUCAAAAACUCUAGUGGAGUCCAAGGCUGUGCCACCUUCGGCCGAUGGUAUUACACCCAGGGGAUCCCUCAUAUUCACAAAGUCGAACGAGACUGCUGUUCGUCUUGGUAGAUUAGUAGCAUUACUUGAUCCUAAGUCUGCAUCAUCUAUUGCCACUCUCACAUCUACAACACGAAGUUCAGCACGAAGAGCGUCUCUCAAAGCAUUCGAGAAUGGCCGAGUCUCGAUUCUUAUUGCAUCUGACUUGGUCUCACGAGGUCUCGAUCUUCCUAAUUUAGCACAUGUCAUCAAUUACGAUGUUCCUGUGAGCCUAUCAAGCUAUGUUCAUCGAGUAGGAAGAACGGCAAGAGCCGGGAAACGUGGUCAUGCGUGGACAUUGUUCACCCCAAGUGAAGCUUGGUGGUUUUGGAACGAGAUUGGAAGAUCAAAUGCUGUUGAGCGGACCGCGGCAAUAUCUAGGGUAAAUAUUGCUGCGUCACAGUUCAGUGAGGAGCAGAAAGCUGCUUAUGAAUCUGCUUUAGAGGCUUUGAAGCUUGAAGCAAGUACUUCCAAAAGGUCAAGCCUCAAGUGA